UCACCAGUUUCAUCAUUUGAGCUUCUGAUAAACCAUGAAGGGCAAACUCUGUUUCCUCAUGCUAACUCUGCAAAUUCUUGUUUGGGUUUCUGAAGCAACGAGAUCAUUCCCACAAACUGAUGCUAUUUCUUAUCCAGGCCCGCAAGAGGCUCCACAGUCAUCACCAUACAAAACAUCAGAACCAACAAACAAGACAAUGCUUAAAGAAGAAGAAGAAGAAGAGUAUGAAAGAAGAGGGGCUGGGAAUGUGGGGUCAAGCCCACCAAGAUGUGAACACAAAUGCUAUGGAUGCACACCAUGUGAAGCCAUUCAAGUGCCAAGCAUUAGCAGAAGAAGCCAUUUGGCUAUUCAAUAUGCAAACUAUGAGCCUGAGAGCUGGAAAUGCAAGUGUGGUCCUUCCUUCUACAGCCCUUGAAUAAUGAAAUAUUAUAUUAUUGUCAUGUUCAUACUCAGCCUAUGUUAAUG